AUGGUAAAGCUCACAGUGUAGCAUUUUCAUUGUGCUGGACAAAUUGAAAAGCCUCUAUCACUAACCCUUAAACAAAAUAUGUUUUUGUAUAUUAUGUAAUAUCAUAUUGAAAAUGAUAGUAUAUAAUUUUUUUACGUCUUACAUUGAAAAAAGCAAAUUUUUUAACAAAAUUCAGAUGGACUUGUAACACUUAAACUUGGAGAAAAUGCGUUCGGUAGCUUUAAUGGUAUGGUUCUUUUUGAACGUCGUAUUGUUAGGUAUGUGUGGAUACAUAUACUUACUCUGGCUUCAAUACUGGCGCCAUAUAAGUGUAAAAAAUCGACAGAUACGUGAUAUGACUUACACGCGACAACCAUACGUCGAAUAUUAUGAUGAAGGGGACCUAACUGUCAAUCCAAUGCUCAAGGGGAAAAAAUCUAUAAUGCAUAUGGAUGAAGAAGAAUUAGACGAAUCAAAUAUUAUUAGGUUGACCAACUUUAAAAAUAAAAUAAUUACACGUCUAAGGCAAGUUGUAAUGAAGGAAAAUAAUGGUUACCUCAAAGGUGAAAACCCAUAUAACGUUCCAUACAAACCACAAGCUUCCAAGAUUAUCAAUAAGAAUUGGGUAUGUGAUAUGCUUUCUAGUUUAGAUACUUUUAGAACGCUUGAAAGAUCAGAUCUCGACCACCCGUUAAUGGACUACUUAUCAGAAGUACCACUAUUUGACGAUAGUGAAAUUUAUGAUUCCUGUGCUAUUGUAUCAAAUGCAGCAACUUUAAGAAAUUCAAAUUUUGGACAUUUUAUAGAUAAACACGACUUAGUAUUACGUUUCAACAAUGCUCCUACAAAAGGAUAUGAAAAAGAUGUUGGAUCUAAAACUACAAUUCGUAUACUAAAUUCACAAGUUGUUAGCAAACCAAAUUUCAAAUUUUUGUCUUCUCCGCUGUACAAGCAAUUAAAACUUUUAAUGUGGGAUCCAUCAAAUUACUCUUCUUCUGUAAAUGAGUGGAUUCAGAAUCCCGAGCAUGAUUUUGUAAAUAACUAUAUGACUUACAGAAAAACAUAUCCUUCGUCCAAUUUUCAUAUUGUACAUCCGCAUUACUUAUGGUUUCUUUGGGAUUUCUUGCAAUCCCAUACUACAGCUCAUAUAAGGCGAAAUCCCCCAUCAUCUGGAUUUUUGGGGUUAGCAAUGUUACUACCUCGAUGCACAGUUGUAAAUAUGUUUGAGUUCAUACCAUCAGAAAGACUUACACAUAGAUGUCACUAUUAUCACGAAAAGGUGGAUGAUACAUGUACUUUUGGAAUUUGGCAUCCACUAGCUGCUGAAAAGUUGUUAAUGUUAGCAGCAAAUACCAUGCCUGAUCAAACAGUUUUUCACACUGGUUUUGUAUCGAUUGAAGGUUACAAAUCGCUUCAGUGUAAUCUAUAAGAAUAUCAAACCUGCCGAUGUGUUCAUUUACUUAAAUUAAGGUCAACAAAAAGUAGAUUUAUAAUUUUAUAAAUAGUUCAAUUGGAUAAAUUGUAAUAGCAUAAUACAUGUAUUUCUUAAAAAAUUUUUAGAAGAUUAUAUAUUACCUAACGAGAGUAUUGAAAUUGUUUUGUUUCGAUUUGUCAAUUAUUGAAAAAUUCCUUUUUGUGAUAUUAGUUAUUUGCUAAUCACCUCUUAUUAACGUUUAUUGCUUAUUGUUUAUCUUUUUUUUUUAUUACUUGUAAAAAAAGUAGUUGCUUUAUUUCUAUACUAUUUGUUAAUAUUUUAAAUAUUGUAUUUCUUUAAUUUUUAGUUUUUACAUAACAAGUUUAAUAAGAAUCGAGAUUUGUUAAGUACCGUAAAAUAUUGUUUUUAUAGCCCGUGGGCUUGUUUUGUUAGAGUGGGCAAUAAGUAUUCAUUCUAUGGCAGUAACCAAUUUUAAACUUAAUACAUAACUUGUUCCUUUACAAGUUAUUAAAAUAAUGAAAAUCGAUGAUAAAAUGAAAAUAUAAUGUGAUAUUCAAUUUGAAAUUAAUUACAAUAAAUCUGUGUAUUUUAGUUUAAAAUAAAUUUUAACAUCAAUGAGUCAAAAACUAUUUAACUCUAAUGUGCGUAGAGAAAUUUAUUAAAACACUUGGCAACUAUAUUGAAGGUAAUAAAAAAUCCAUAUAAAAUAUAUUAGUCAACUCCAACU